AUUUUGUGAAAAUGUUUGCGAGAGCUUAACGAAAGAAAUGGAAUAUUCCUCGAUUUUAGAGCGCAUUUGAAGCCUAACUUUAUUUGCGCGUUAUAAUAAGUUGUUUUAUACGAAGUGUAAUGGUUACGUUUUCUAUGUAUGUGAAAUGUCUGAACCACAACGGGAGGCAGACAAAACAGCUACGCAGAUAGCAGCUGAACCCAAGCCUCAGUCGGAAUCCUCUGUUGCUACGACAACAGCCACAUUACUUUCUGUCAACCAGGAAGUAUCGACAGUGAUUUCUAAUAAGACUGAACCAUCGCAAGUGACAGAUGCAGUCUCCACCUGUUCUUCGUCGGUAACAUCUGUUACAUCCACACCUGCAUGUACGAUUAUUUCCGAGACAUCAGAAACCUCGACAAGCGUUACUGUAGCUGUCUCAGACCUUUGUGCAUCGAAAUCGGCACCACAGAUAGCGACCCCGGCAACGACAUCUGCUUCUGAAAGCACUGUUGCCAUAGCAACCGGUCCGGUUCCACAGGGAACAAAAGGACAACCGCCAUCGCUUCAGAAGAGUGAAAGCCCGAUCGAGUCUUCUUCCUCUCAACCAGCCGCCGUUGCAACUCUCACGCAUUCGUCUUCGAAACCAGUUGUUGUGCCGGCGAGUAAUGUUGCGACGGUGAUCAAUCCAAACAGCCACGUUGAACAUUGGAAUCUUGACAGCUUCCUUCCUGGAGAGGACAAAAACCCGUUCAGCGACAUAUCUGAAGAACACUUGAACCAGCUGGCGGACGCCCUUUCUACGGAGGAUGUUACUAACCUGUUGCAGACAGACUUCGGAACUCUCGACUCCAGUCUCGCUUCGCCGAACGUCGACACCAGCACGUCGCUCACAAGCAAGAGUCGUGAUUCGCUGAACUCCGACGAUUCGUUGAAAUUAGAUUUGUUUGAAGCAGAACCGGCCCUUUUUGAUGAGGCAGCAGCACAUAAAAUAAUCCAGGAUGGAGUACAAGAGCAUGAACUUGCAGUGAUGUCGGCCGCAUUCAGUGACCACGCUUACGCGAUCCCCGCUCAUAACGACCCCAGUCUGGCCCCUGGCGACCCCAGUCUGAUCGUGUCACCCUUACAGACGUACACCAUGGCGGAAUCUUGUCAAACGGAGGACGAUAUUGGCGAGGAUGUAGCGGGUGAAGAAGAAGACGACCAGACGAAGAACAAAGGAAGACAAAGCGAUGACAGCCCUACGAGUUGCCCGAAACGACGUUCGGUUCGAAUCAGUGACCAGGAGCAGAAAGACUUGGCAGAGAAGAUCCGGCAGGAAAACCGGCAGAAGGAGAAAGAAGCCAAAGAAGCAAUGUUGGCGAAAAAAGAUGACUUGGAUGUUAAGAAAAAGACAGAUGAAACUGAGGAGGAUGGAAGUGAGUCGUGCAGUGAUACACAAAAGUCAAAACGAGGUCGGAAACUUAAGCCAACGGCAAAGGCACAGCUUUUUCGACAAAGUCGCGCAGCAGCACGGGGUAGAAAAACGGACGACAGUACCGACGAACAGACUCCGAAAGGCAAAAAGGGGAGAGGUAAGAAGGCGAAAGAAGAAAGCACCGAAGAAAGUGGUACCGCCAGUGACAGUCCCCAAAAGGUUCCGAAGGGGAAAGAUACCGAUAAUGAUGUUGAAGAUGGAAAGAAGGCGAAAGAGAAGGAAGAAAGUAGUGGAGAAGAGGAAGAAGCGAAGCCGAAAGGAGGCCGAGCGCGGAAUGUAGAGAAGAAAGGACAGAAAGUUGAAGAGACGGAAGACACGGAUUCGGAAAAGAAAACGCCUCCCAAGAGGGGAAGAGGUCGACCAGCAAAGAAAGCAAAAAACAAAGAAGACGAUGUGAAUGACGUACAAGGAGAAGUUCCGAAGCGAAAAGGUCGUCCGCCUGGUAGAAAAAAGAAACAGCAAGCGGCGACGAAAGAAGAGGAUGUGAGUAGCGGGGAUGACGAACCACUGGAGGCGGUGAAAGGAAAACUAAAGAAGGAAGACGAAGAGGGCGGUGCUUCUUGUAAUGAGGAGGAAACUAGUAAAAGAAAGAAAGGGAAAAAAUCUCCCAGAGUUACGAAGAAAGGGAAAAAAGCCAAGGGGCAAGAGAGUGCGGAAGAAAGCGAAGAAGACACACCGAAGAAAGGGAAGAAGAAAGGAAAAGGGAAGAAAGUAAAAGUAGAAGAAAGUGGGACGGAAGGAGAAGUGGAAGAAGAGUCUCCCAAGAAAGGAAAGAAGAGUAAAGCUGGUCAGAAGGUCAAGGAAGGUGAAAACUCUGGUGAGGAAGAGCAGGAGGAGGAUGCGAUUAAAAAGAAGAAAGGGAAACCGAAAAGUGAAUUGACGAAAGAAAAAAAAGAUGGAGAGGCUUCAAAUACAGAGAAACCAAAGCCAAAGGGUAAGAAGAAAAAACUUGAUGAAGUUUCACCAAAAAGGAUUGCCAAGAAAGAUGACGAUGCGACUGCUACUACUCCAAAGACGAAGAAAGCGGGCGAGAAAGUGAAGAAAGAGAAGAAUGUUGAGGGUGAAGAGAGCGAAGAAGACAUUCCUCUACAAAAUCUGAAGGCUGGUCGCGGAAAACCCAAGGAGAAAGGCGAUGAAGAUAAACACCAAAAAAAACUCAAUGACGAUGAUAUGGACUUUGGUGCUGAGUUCCGAUAUCCGUCUAAACAACCCGACCCCUCUCACAAGCAUCGGCGGAAAUCGCACCGUAGUUUGGAUGCAGACUUCAUCGACCCGUCAAUGACGGAACUUUUUAAACCGGAUAUCAAGGAUGAAAAAUCAACUCCAGUUGAGGCCUCACCUUCCGGAGAUGUUAAAGUGGAAAAUGUUGAGAUGUCGGAGAAAAUAUCCGAAAUAAACAAAGAAAGUGAAGAAGGUAAAGCUACGGAAGUUUCUAAAUUAGAUGUUAAUGUGCAAGUUGAUGAUUCUGGUGAAGGGAUGGAGAAGAAACUUGUAGAUCGACAGAGUGAGUUGGAUGAAAGUGUCAAACAGGAACAUACGGUUGGGAAUACGCCAUCAAGAAAACUUUCUAGUGAUAGCCAUGAUAGUAAACAUUCUGGCCACAAACAAGACCGGAAAGGUUCUGUCGACAGCAGACACGAAAGAACAAGUUCGGUUGACAGCAAACAUGAAAGAAAGCAUUCAACGGAAAAACAUGAGAGGAAGCAAUCGACGGAAAAACACGAGAGGAAACAUUCGACGGAAAAACAUGAGAGAAAGCAUUCGAUGGAUAAACUCGAAGGGAAGCAUUCAACAGGAAAACAUUCAACAGAUAAGCACGAUAGAAAGCAUUCCACAGAAAAAUCAGAGAGGAAGAAUUCGAUAGACAAACAUGAUCGAAAACAUUCAACUGAAAGUGAAAACAGGACUUCGACUGAGAAUCUUAAAAGAAGGCAUUCGUCGGACCGGCACGACAAGAAGCAUUCAAAGGAGAAAGGUGAUAGAAAACAUUCGAUCGAGCAGCAAGAUUCUCACAACAAAGAGGAGUCGAAGAAGAAUUCUGAACAGAGGAAAACAAGAGGGAAGAAACUCAAACACCGUAAGAGUGAGAAGGAGGGAAAAGAGGAGGAAGAACAAGGAUCUGAUGAGAGUGGGGAGUUGAGUUUUGAGGAUGAUGAAAACGACUCUGAUUGGGAGCCGAAGAACGACCCAGACACGAUGUACUGCAUCUGCCGUAAACCUCACAACAGUCGGUUUAUGAUCUGCUGCGACAACUGUGAAGAAUGGUACCACGGUAGUUGUGUUGGCAUAUCUAAGAAUCGCGGCAAGGAAAUGGAGAAGAACAAUGAGGAGUAUAUCUGCCCUGUGUGUACCAAGACGUUGAAGCCUGGAUCCACGCAGACCAGUGAAGCCGAGUCGACUAAAACUCCAACAAAGACUGUAGAACCGGUCAAACCUGAGGUGAAGGUCACUCCUGGGUCAGUCUCCAAGGUGUCGAGCACAACUGCGACCCCCACCAAGGAAGGUCAGUUGUUGGGCGAGAUCAAGAAACGCAGUGCUAAGGAAACAGAAGAGAAGAAGAAACAAGGGUUUAAGGCUUUCCGGAAUAUGGAAGACCGUCUGCUGAAGGUUCAACAGGUCUGUAUUCGAAAAGACUGCAGUAAAGACGUAUGCCCGGGAACUAUCUACUGCAGCGACGACUGCAUAUCCCAGCAUGCAUUGCACUCGCUGAAACUCAUCAAGCAAGACAGGGAACUCAUUGCUGUCAGCAAGGGCCUGGAUCCGGACACGUUGAAGGGUCCUAUCAAGCUGCACGUGUUGGAGAGGAAGUCUGGCCGCAUUUUGUCGGGAAGUGACGGGCCGACAGAGGCGACACUUGAGUCCUGGCUCAAGGAACACCCGACCUUUCAGGUCAUCAGGCCAAAGGUCAAAACAAAGCUACCAAGUCCGUACCUGCUUAAGCUACAGAAAGAAAGGAAAGAAAGAGAGAGGCAGAAAGAGGAGCUAAGAAGGAAGGAAAAGGAGAAAGAGAGAGAGAGACUGCGAAGAAAGAAAGAAUGGGAGAAGGAAAAGGAGAGAGAGAGAGCAGAGAAGUUGAGGAGGGAGUCCGAACAGAAGAAUAAAGCUGCUGAAGGCCCUGAUCCAAUCAGACUGAAUGUUAGAAAAUCUCUCAGGGAUGCCUUAGCCAAUCGAACAAAAGAUGCUGAUGACAUGAUGUAUUCGACCAAUGAGAUCAAAGCAUUGGCUCUGAAGAUCGAAGACUCUUUGUUCAAUUACUUUGAAGACACGGGUCACAAAUACAAGAAUAAAUACCGCACCCUUGUCUUCAACAUCAGAGACCCCAAGAACAAGGGUUUGUUCCGGAAGAUUCUCACGGGUCAGAUCAAACCUUCCAAGUUGAUUCACAUGACUCACGAUGAUCUUGCCUCGAAGGAGUUGGCACAGUGGAGAGAGAAGGAAACUAAACAUACCCUUGAGUUGAUUGAGACGGCUGAGAAGAAAGCGCAGAAGGAGCCGGUUCACAUCCGGAAGAAAACUCACAAAGGAGAAGUGGAGCUGCAGGACGAGGAUCUGAGCACACUGGCCGAGACUCAGUUCGAUGACAAGCCGUCGGUUCCGAAUUCGACUGACGAUGCGAAGAAGGACGACGGUGAAACCGAUGACGCGGGGUCAGAGGUCAUCGCUGACACAACCGACCAGCACCGCGCCCACCUGUUUGACCUUAACUGUAAGAUCUGCACAGGCAAGCAGGCCCCCACGACCCCUGACACAGAGGUCAAGAAGGUCACGGUUGAACACAAGGUCAAGGAGAGCAAACAGGUGAAGCGAGAGAAGGCGCAGAUGACGGCGAAGGAGCACAUAGAGGCCGAGGCUGAUGAUGUCAUCAAGGAGGUCAUGGAGGUUAUCGAGGUCAUCCACAAGGAGGAUGAGGAGAAACCCACGCACUCGACGCCCAGCAGCUCGAGUGAGACCAUGGCCGUCAUCGUCAGGUCUCCAGACUCUGCCCUGUCCUCGGGUUUAGACUCAAAGCCGAAGUUCAAGCCUCAGGGUCCAAGAUUGUGGAAGGGUUUUGUCGCCAUGCAGGAUCUCGCAAAGUUCUUCACCUCCGCGUACAAAGUCUCCGGUCCAACUAACGACUUGAACUUGCCAGACACGAUAGCUGUGUGUGGACGAAUUGCUCCAGAUCAGAUGUGGGACUACCUUGCGAAAAUACGACAAGGAGGUUCGAGGGACAUCUGCAUCAUCCGAUUCAUCCCUGGCAGUGAUGACGAGAAGGUUGCGUAUAUUCACCUCUACUCCUACCUCAACAGCAGGGGGCGCUGUGGUGUGGUCGGCAAUGCUCCCAAACACGUGAAGGACUUCUACAUCGUACCUCUCGCAUCACACGGCCACAUUCCACGAGUUCUGAAACCAUUUGAUGGACCAGGUCUGGAAAACAAUCGGCCACACAUGCUCCUUGGAAUCAUCAUCCGCCAGAAGUUGAAGCGAGGCAGUCAGAGUGACGGUGCCGGGGUGCUGCCGAAACCAAAGGAAGAAGUGUUGUCGGCUAAGAAGGCUCGCAUCCAGGGCUCCGUGAUGACGGCCCAGAAAGACCCGCGUCUGGACCGGGCGAGUCGCGUUGUGAAAACAUUCUCGCCAUCAUCAUCAUCCGAGCCCUGUCCGAUCCGGUACAAACCAACGAAGCUGGAGGAACUGAAGGCAUCAUCAUCGUCGUCAUCAACAUCAUCUUCUCCUGAUCUGGGAUCCAUCAGCAAAGACCCGAUCGUGAAGGCGUUCACCGAUCCGAAGACCGCGGAGGACAGUCCAAAGUUGUCGAUUUCUCUGCCGUAUUCGCCGGGUGGUGGCGAUGAUGAUGACGACGAUACAGAAGAUCUGCCGUACGACCCCACAGACAGUCAGAUUUUACUGGCACCACCAUCAUCAUCAUCAUUGCAACUACCACCAACAUCCACUACAUCGGCACCUACAGCAGUCACCGCCACAUCGUCAUCGUCAACAACACUGACAACAGUAGUAGCUACUACAUCAUCGUCGGUGAAGAAGACGACUAAACUAAAACAGUUGUCGGACACAGAGGCCAUCACAGGAAUCAAAGUGGAUGAAAUCGUCGACAAGAUCGCCAGGAGCACGGACCCUGCACAGAUCACCGCCAUGAUGGUGACGAUACUCGCGUGCGCGUCAGACGCAGCCGAACAGAAGGUGCUGCUCACAGAACUCACAAACAGAGUAGAAACCCGUAAGCAAGACCUGAUCAAACAGACGCUCGGAAUUGAGGGCAAAAGUGAGGUCGAAAAUCUGCAGAAAUUGUCAGAAAGAGUUGAAGGUGGGAAUGAUUUGGAUAAAUCAGUGAAUAAAUUGGCAGCUGUGACUGAAACGAAAGUGGUUUCGACCACGGCCAAAACGAAAGUGGUUUCAUCCACAAUUAGCAAGCCUGGUGAAUCUGAAACGACCCGUCCACUGGUUUCAAAGCUUGUUGAUACAGACGUUGCCACCCCUGUCGGUUUUUACACAAGCAGCAGUAGUGGAGAAUCUAAUAAUAGUCAUUUGAAAAAGAAAAUUGAGCAUAAAGCCGUGGUUCCGGUUGAAACUGUUAAAGAGGUGGUAAAGCAAGACGAACUUAUUACUAAAUCGGAGAUGGUGAAAGACUCUUCAAAGGACGAUACUGUUUCAACUGCUGAAACUAUAAUGUCCACUUCGGAUUCGGUUCAGAGGAUGGACACCAAGUCAUCAUCAACUGCUGGUUCCAAGCUGACAGAAGCAGUCUCGGAGACUAAAGAUGCUUCUGCUACUACUGCAACAGCAGCAGCUACAACAACAGCAGCAGCAGCAGCAGAAUCCUCAGUUAAAAGUAUCCCGAUUUCCAUCUCGGAGACUAAAACGGGCGACAUGCCACUGGCCUUACAAGCUCUGAUGAAAGAUGUGAUGGGGGAAUCGGCCGUGAGGUUACAGAAGCCGCGACUUCCGGCUCGCUUUGCUGUGGCCGCUAGCGAGAAAGGAAAAGAUUCUGGAAAAGACGGUAAAGCGGAGAAAACAGAAACAGACAAACUUGGUACUGAGGGCAAGAAGAAAAAAGAUUUCAAUAGUACCAGUUCCGAAAAGAAAGACAAGAUCGGUGCUAUAGAAAACAUCAUUCCCGGUUUGGGAUAUCUCGACACCGACAGCGAUGAAGAAUAUUCGGGAAGUCCUCAUCUUUUCAUGAGCCUUGGCAAAAAGUUGGAAAGUUCUUCUAAAGACAGCAGUGCAGUUAGUGGUGCUCCGGAGAAAUCGGAGGGAGAGUCUAAAGGACUAGAUUCGACUAAAGAAUCGAAAGACGAGCAGAUCGAACUCUCGAAGAGCGAUCUGGACAUGAGGGCUGGGCAGUGCCCCGAGAUGCCGACAGCGUUUCCGAAAGAUGUGGAUCUUCGUGCCCAACCGGGAGUGGAGGACAUCGAUGAACGCAUCAAACCGGGCGGUGAGAUCCCGAUGGACAGAGACGACCGAGUCCCCGGUCCGCAACAAUUACCAGGACUCCACCCUCCCACUCCCCUCGGACUCCCAGGGAUGAGGCCACUCGCUCCAGAAGGGUUCUCGCCGGCGGUUAGGCCGCCACCGAUCAGAAUUCCGCAGUGGGGUCCCGGAAAUCCACCCCCUCCCGGCGUCGAUGAUCCAAUUUCUCCGGAAAUGAAAGUCAGACCACCACCGGGCGUUGCGGUCAGAUUCAGAGGACCUCACCCACGCCCUCCGUUUACGACUCCGUUGCUGCCCCCUCGACUGGGUUUUCCCUUUAUAGGAGAUUCUCAAACCAAAACUGUUGAAGGGUCGGUGCAAUCAGAGAAAGAUCCUGCAAUAGCGGACUCUACAGUGUCGUCUACAAUAGAUCCUAAGAAAGACGUGCCAGCAACUAAGGAAGAGUCUUCUAAAGAUGCUUCUAAAAGAGGCUCGCCUGGAACAAAGAAAGAUGAAAGCAGUGCCAAAAAAGCUAAGAAGGAUAAGUCGGGGAAAGAGUCUAAAAACAAAAGUAAGACUAAAAGUAAAAAAGGGUCGGAUGAUAAGACAUCGACCGAGGAUGUUGACGAGAGGAUCCUGCCUCCCAUAAUUCCCGGCGUUCCGAUGACGGUCAGUCUUCCGGGAAUUCCGGUGGCUAUUUCGGUUGUUCCGCCAAAACCUUCGGGGUUGGAAGCAGUGGUUACAACCGAAAUACAAGCACAGUGGCCAGGACAGACGGACAUAGAUCAGAGAAUGUUCGCUCCAGGGAUGGCGAAUCCCAUGAUGGGAGUUCAGGUUCCAGUUGCCAGUAUUCCCAUAACGGUGUCGAACAAUCCCAUGAUGCCUAGCCACAUGGUGUCGGUGAACAGUCCCAUAAUGACACCUUCAAACGCUCCCAUGAUGGCUGGCAUGUCGAACAGUCAGCCGGUUGUUGGGCCUCCUAUGAUGGGCAUUAACAUUCCACCAAGCAUCCCUCCAUCUAUCGGUGCUCCUCCCCCAAUGCCGGUUUCCAGCGUUCAGCCGAGCGUACCGCCAGUAUCAACCAACACUGCGUGGAUGCCAGGGGCAGUGGUAGGUCACCACAUUCCCCCUCAUCAUCCACAGCAUCCAGGUGAGAUUCUGCCAGGACAGCACCCUCCGGAACAUCCCUUAGGACCCCAGCACCCUCUGGAACAUCCCCUCGGACCCCAGCAACCUCCGAGAGACACCCUAGACCCACAUGGCUAUCAGUUGUCGGGUCACAGUGGCAGGAUAAUGACGCCCGCUUACAAAGACGUGGAUUUUCGCCAGCAGGAUGUGGACCUGCGAUCGAUGAACACGCCGAUGAUGGGCCCUGGAGAAUAUCUCUGUCAGUCGUCGCCAAACACUGACGCCGGUUUCCCUCAUAAGAGGCCGUAUGAACACGAACAUCCCAAUGAGCCUCAGGGAAAGCGUUCCCGAGGUUUUGGCGGAGGACCCGGCGGGUUUCGAUCCGAGAGUCCUCAGAUGCACAUGCACCCAUCUUCCCAACCAGCGAGAGAUUCGAAGCCGCCUUCGUUGAUGUCGCUGAAUGUCGGUCCGCCACAGGAGCCAGAGUGCAGCCAGUCUCCCAACGAGAUCGAUUAUUACGAGCAGCAGGAAUUCAUCGGCGGUUACUACCAAGGCGUAAAGAACCCCCGGGGAGGUGGUUGGAAUUACAAAGGUCCCAGAGGAAGAAGCAAGUUCCGCAGAGAGUUUCCGCCAGGGUCGGGGAACGCCCCCGAGGAAGGAGGAGGUUUUCCCCCCGAGCAGGGCGAGGAGAGACUGAUGGACAGAAACGAGGACGGACAUGGGUACGGGCGGGAGAGACGGCAGUGGGGGGCGCGGCAUGACCGGAGAGGAGGCGGGAGAGACGGGGAGUCGACGCGAGGUUAUCACAAUGACGACUCGCGGCACAGAGAAGGAUUUCAUCGUGGUCGUAGACGGGAUGUGAGAGACUAUAGGCGAUAACUGUUGUUUACUCAUUGUUCACAUUGUCAUCUCUUAAUCACGGAGCUUUAAACUAGAGGAAGAACAUACCUCGUUACAUUGUUUUAAAAACAAAUGUGGUCCAAUCCUGGUGCUUAUAAAACUUUUAGAGUGUACUCAAGACUCCAUUAAUAGAGUGAGACAGUAAUGUCAUGACAACGCCAUACGAACUGUAUGCAUGUGACGUCAUUACAGAUUGAGUCUUGACUCUAAAACUUUUUAUAAGCACAGGCCCAAAUCUAAGGUGUGUUUAGCUCAACGGAGCAAGAAAAACCCCUUACAAUACUGGUUUUUGUUACUCUGAAACAGAAUGAUCAGUUUGGGAAAAAAUCAAAUUGUUCGCAAAAUGUUAGUUGAUAGCUGUCAUUAAACAUAAGCCUGUUCUGAGUUUAAACGGGAAAAAAAAGUUCUUUGCUAGACUGGUUUUUGUUCUUACGUUAAACCAAAUGACCACGUGAGGGACCAGUCAAAGUGUUUACAAACGUUGGCAUUGUUCACACACGUUAGCAUCGUUCGCAGUCAUUGACCUAAACAUUGGGCUGGUGUGUAGAUGGUUUGUUGUGGCUAAUGUUUUUAACAAUAAAACAUGUGGUGUUGGGAUUUGGUAACAUUUCUGUGGCUACUUGUGAAUGUACUUGUUAACAGUACAAAAACAAGUGGUCGAAAUUUAAAUUCAGUUCAGCCAGAUAGAGAAGGGCAAAACAAAACGCUCUAUAAAUUGUUUUGUUAUGUUUCGUGUUAAAACUGAGUGAUUACGUUUGACACCAGUGGAUUCAUUUGGGAAAGUUAGCAGUGGUCGUAAAAUGCAAGCUUGAUGUAUACAUGUUUUAUUCUGUUUUGAAGUAUUCCAGUACAGUCACAUACGUUCAGUUAGGUUCUGAGAUUGAAAGUUUUGUGACUAAUUUAACACUUUCGGUGGAAAGGAAAAGGUCGGCUAUUCGGUUGAUGUGAAAGUUUGUUUUUUAGUUAUUAUGGUUUAAAUUCUGACAAUUUGUUUAACAGUUCUACAAAAUGUGGCCGUUUCGUUGUAAAAGUUCGAUUUCAGUGUGAGAUUAAUCUGUGAAAGCAGUUUAAUUGAAAAGUGUGUUAUAGUCGUGUUUUCGCAAAGGAUUUCGCCAAAUAACCGAUGUGUACGUGGUUUAUUCUAACAAGUGUUUGAGGAUUCCCUGUGUCAAACAAAAACAUCUUGCUAAAGAUUAAGAUGAAAGUUCUCAAUUGUGUAUCAUCGAUCUGUGAAUGCAGUUUCACGGAAAACAAGUUAAAUCAUACAUAAAUCACCUUUUUUUUAAAGGAAAAUAAUCACAUGCUGUACAAACAAGUUUUGUUUGUUGCUUCUGAUUAACGUCGUCAUCAUCAUCAUCAUCAUCAUCAUCAUCAUGUGUUCAAAAGCAAAACAGUCAAAUGCUGAUGUGUACAUUAUUUCGUUCUUACCAGGGAGAAAAUAAACAUACAGUGUCACUUAAUGUUUUAUUCUUGCGAGGUAGGAUGUAUUGAAACCCAAGGCAGUCACCUGACAGGACUGGAACCUACUUCGAUUCAUUGCUUCACGGGUCAUUUGACAGUCUACAGUUAUAAACCGAUGGUGAUUCAGGCGUUCAAUAUCUGAACCACGAUCAUCACCCUGUUUUAGUUACUCUAGAUAAAUACACUUAAGCUGAUGUCACACGAUACGAGUGCUUAGUACGAUAAUAGCUAAUUGCACAGCAGCUGAUGAAAUCACAAAAAGAAGGAAAGAAAUGUUUUAUUUAACAACUCGCUCAACACAUUUUAUUUAUGGUUAUAUAGUGUCAGACAUAUGGUUUAGGACCACACAGAUACAGAGAGAAGAAACCCACUGUCGCCACUCCAUGGGCUACUCUCUUCGAUUAGCAUCGAGGGAUCUUUUAUAUGCACCAUCCCACAGACAGGGUAGUACAUACCACGGUCUUUGUCACACCAUUUGCGAAGUGAAAUCACAAUGUUGUCUUGUUACAAUCGGCUAUUCUCGUCAACGCUCACCUGAAAUUUUGUUUUAGCUUAUUUUCAGACAGGUAGAAAAUUUCAUUGAGCAUUAUUAAAACGUUGCUAAUUUAAACAAAACUCUCUUAACCAAGUACUAAAAGUUGUAGCCACUUUGGAUAACAAUUAUCUACUGGCUAAUUUGGCGGCAGCGUGGGUUUUUUCAUUGUGGUCUUUAGCCAUAUAUACUCGAGUAACGUUAAUAAAGCAUUUCUUUCUUCCAUGCUUAAAAGUACAUUGGAUACAGUUGGCAGCUUGGAUUGCAUGUCAUUUAUACUAUGAGAUUUUCAAGACAUAACAUUAAGUGUUUUAAACAAAAAUAUGACCUUCGAUUAAAAUUUAAAAGUAUGUCUGGAAUACAUAACUGCAUUUAUCUUAUAGCACUCUGGCUUAUGUACUCUCUCUGCAACCCUUCUCCCCAACCCCCACCCCAGUACAUUAUUUAUAUGUAAUGUCCAAACCCUCCCCCACCCCUCUGUGCGUAUGUCCUUUAUCGAUGGCCACAGACCUACACCAGUGAUAGUUGAUCUGAAAUUUACUUGUCUAAAAUGUACAAUGUUGAAUGAUUUCCGAUGUGUAUGUCGAUUCCCCGUGUCAAACAAUACCAUCUUGCUAAUGACGGAGAUGAAAAUUCCGAAUAACGCACAAAUGUUGGUCUUUUCUGCAUCCAUAAUCAUCUGGCCCCGUUUACAAAGCGAUCGUGGUUCUAAGCUCACCUUAAGUACAUAGCUACCUUAUGCACUUAGGUAAUCUUAAGAGCUAAGAUCGCUUUAUACAGUGGGACCCAGUUCAUUAGUUUCAGAUUUAUAUUUCAUCUUUUUCAAAUGCUUACAAUACAGUGUUACAUUUGACAGUUUGCAUGUAGCUCUGUGUGUGUGUGUGUGUGUGUGCGUGCGUGCGUGCGUGCAUGCACGCGUCCGGGCCCGCACGCAUGUGCCUGUGUGUGGAUGAUCUAGAAGAGAAGAAUGAAAAAUCAUAGUCCCAUAACUUCAGUGAAAUAAAAGAAGCAAAAUGACGGCUAGCUCGGCCAAUUGGCCAAACUCGACAGGUGAGAAUUUUACGAACAAUUGGCCAUUUUUAUUCUAAUUUCGCAGAAAAAAAUAUAAUAAUUAAUAUUUUGUAGGGGAAAAAAUCUGGGUUUAGCAUCUUUUGAGAUAAUUUGUUGACAAUAUCUACUCUCCGAGCUAGCCCUUAAAAUGAUGUUUAAAAAAUGUUCUGUGUAACCAUUUGGAUAUUUUACACGCUAUAGAUUUAAAUCAGGACACCAUCAUUAACUUUUUUCAUGGGUUUAAGCUUAAUUCUGUUUCAGAAUGUCAUAAAAACUUUGUUUAAAAUGUCUCGAUGUUAAGAAAAAUCGCGACGGACAUUUUUAAUAAGUACAAUUCAAGGGAGGACCCCUAAUUUAUUUUACGUAGGUACCAUGGGUUAGACAACACAUGGACUAUCUCCCUGAGAGGGCACUUCCUCCAAGCCCCUCCCUGGGAUCCAUUCUUACAAUUACUUAGCUUAAACAAUAGUUAUUUCUGCAAAUCGAAUACAGCGGUUUGAAUUUGGCUAACAGCCUAAUGUCUAUAUUGACACAUACACGCACAGUAUUUGAUAAAUCAAGAUGGUGGAAGCAAGUGAAUAAGAUUAUUUCCGCUACGGUUAACAAGGAAGGAUAGAGAAGAUAGAAAAGUAAAUACAGAGAUUAGAAAGAAAGAAAGGAAAGAAAAGAGGAUAUGAGUAAAUGGCUACCGUCAGUUAUUCUCGAAGUUCUGAACUGAUUUAAAUACACAUAUUUUCUUGAACACUAAGUAGUAGAGUAUGCCAGUUAAGAUUGUAAUAAAUGGGCAUUACGAGCUACAUUGUAUAUUGACAAAGUGUAAAAACAAUUCAGCAUCUUCAAAUGGGUCACGAACGUCGUACACAUUUAUGACGUUUGAAAAACAAAUCUAUUUAGAUGUACAUGAUGCAGGUUAACCAAAAAUGUUUGGCAAUGCCUGUAAUUUCUUUUUCUGAUCAUGUACAUUUGUGUAUCAUUUGGUAUGUUAUGUAUUGGUGUGUACAGUGCUAUUGAAAUUGUGAACUGACCGCGCGCUAAAUAUAUAUAUCUCGUUAUCUUGUCUCGUGUACAUAUUUCAUUGUUAUGUACAAAGUUUUACCCAUUUUAGUUAUCACAUUGUCGGGAGAUGUGUAUAAUAACAAGUUGUUUCUUCAGUGUUGUUUAUGGAAGCUGCAAUAAUUAAAUCAUGAUUAUAA